AGCGAUUUUGAAAGCAGUAGUGGUCUUUUCUAUGAAUCAGCCAAUAAUAUAUUAAAUGACAAAAAUAUGUGUAACAAACCAUCAAGAGAAGUAUCGCCUCAUUCUGAACCUGAACGUGAAUCUCCUGUUCGACACAGCUCAUCAAUAUCUCAAGAAGAAGUUGAUGAAUUGUUUGGAU